GGUCACGCUGACGGCUAUUGUGUGGAAAAAGAUUGCCGCUUUGGAGUUGUGCGCGCAGCUGGAGAGCCAUAUCGACUUGGCUACCAAAGAGGCGCAGGGCAUGGACUGCUGGGACACCGUGGUCGAUGAUGUCUGUGCACGCAACAUCCGGGUCAUGACAAUCUCAGUCUUUGGCGACCCAGCCAUUGCAACGUCGCCAUUCUCCAACAGCGCGGAUGCCGGUGUGCAGAUCAGAGCCCGGGAUAUUGCCAAGAAGCUGAGUGUCAAGGCUGCGCUGGAGUGCUUGGGUCCUGAGGCAGCUUCAAAGUACGCUGAUUCCAAAGCAAAGCGCGCCGACUCCAGAGCUGAUGCCUUGGACUCUGAGUCUGCGGUUGACCGUGUGCUAUGCGGCGCCACCACUGCGGGCGGAAAUGGAUACGACGAGAUCAGCGGCGACAUUGCAAUCAGCCCGUCCAGCGCGCUCGACCAGAUAAAGGGCAUCCGGGCGCGGGUCUCGGUCGACUGGGAGGCACAGAUGCGGCGCCGCGAACCGUCUCCUUCGCCAAAGGUCAACCUCGAGCACCUGCGUGCAGCACUGAAGGACGGCCUGUCCAUGCGCUCGAGCGACCACGUCAACGACAUUGACCAGCGCAUGCGCGCGAGGGGCGCCCUGAGUGGAUUGUCCAUUGUUCACGGCAAGGGCAAGCAGCUCCGCCAGGUGUCCAACACCUACUCAACGACGAGUGCGAGCUCAUGCGGCCAGCAUGAGCUCUACCCUGUGGAUAGCGGGGACAGCACCGACGAGUCGGAUACCCGAAAACCGGCACGCAGCUUUGAGGACGAUGCCGAGAAUAAGCUGCAGCAGAGGCUAAAGUUGGAACAGCACAAUGCGCUGCUUGCCAUGGGUGUUGAUGCCCGCAAUCGGCCAAGCAUGGUGGAUGCCAGCGGGCAGCCGGUCCCUGACGAGGUGCGCGAUCUGCUUGACUCGAUCAACGACGGCAGUGGUGAGUUUCAGUUUUCGGGGCCAGUGUCAGAAAACGCAGCGUGCUGCGCGCAUGCAAACCUAGACGACACCCAUGGCAGCUCAGCUGUCAGCACGCCGGUGAUCGACCAUGUCAGUUAAGAGUAACUCAUUUACCAUGUGUCAUUUUUAUUCCGAACCGCAUUGCUAUAUAUUAUAGACAGCUGUAUUAUUAAAAUAGAACCUAUAAAAUAUAAAAUAAAA